GAGCGCCCCUCAUCCCCAGCUCGCACACCCCCCUCUCAAGGGGCGGCAAGCGCGGGAGGGAUGCAGCAGAGAGGCAGAAUGCCGGGGGCGCCAGAGGGAUAGCUGCACCAGGGCGGCCAAUCUCCUUAAGACGGCCCUGCUCCCAGCACCGCCACCUCCCGGGACUUACAGAGCAAAUCGACCUCCUGCCUGCUGCCAACAUGGUGCUUCCCUUCCCUCCCCGCAGGCUUUUCCAGGUCUACCCGCAGUCCAAGAUCUACUUCCCGCACUUCGACCUGUGCCCCGGCUCCAACGACAUUCACCACCACGGCCAGAAGGUCGUCAAGGCCAUCGACAGUGCCAUCAAGCAUCUGGACAACAUCCGCGGCUGCCUGUCCGAGCUCAGCGACCUGCACGCCUACAACCUCCGCGUGGACCCCGUCAACUUCAAGUUUCUGACCAGGUGCAUCCACGUGACACUGGCUUCCAGCCUCCGCGGAGAAUACAACGCCCUGGCCUACCUGGCCUAUGACAAGCUCCUCUGCUUCAUCGGCGAGGUGCUGACCGAGAAGUACAGAUGAGCCCCCCGCCCCCCGCCCCCUCGCCUCGGAGCUGCCGUUUGCCCCCCGUCUCGGGCACUCCGCUUCCGCUGUGCCACUGAGCAAUAAAACGCAUGAACCACUCUC